AGGGUGUCGCUGGCAGAUAUAUGGGCCUCCACAUAAGCUGCUGCCAGGCCCCUAAUCUGCCAUGGGGCCCCUAUAUACCGCUCCUCCUCAUGCUUGCUGCCAAAGUCCAGAGUCUCUCAUGGGUCCCUAUACGGCCUCCCAUUGCUGCUGUCUCCAUCGCCACACUCUGCCAUUGUGCCACUUUCAGGCCUCCCAUAGGUGCUGCCAGGCCCCAAAUCUGCCAUGGACCCCCGUACCGCCUGGUCACGCUGCUGCUGGGCCCACAGUGUGACCUGGGUCCCUGUACCGCCUCCCAUUGCUCCCACUCUGCCAUGUGCCACUUUCAGGUCUCCUCACACUCCUGCUGGUUUCCAUUUUGUCAUAGGUUGCUGUAUGGCCUCCCAUUGCUGCUGCCUCCACCGCCACACUGUGGCUCCAAACACUGGUUUUGGCCCCGUGACUGGCCAAAUGAGUGAAGUGUGCGGUGAUUCUAAGAUCGACGGCACUCAUCUGCAUGUCAUACUGAGUGACAGUAUUAUUUUCUCUUCCCCAGCAGACUCCAAGGGCAUUUAAAUUAAAGGUACAGUGUUCUGCACUAAUAUUA